AUGGAGAUUUCAACCCCGGAAGGCGGAUCGAAUAGCACAUUGAUCACUUCUAACGAAGGCAAUGAAGAAUUGAGUGUCGGUGAAGUUGUUACUCAAGAGGGGUCUAAGGUCGACGAAAUUACUGACGUCAUGGUGACGAGAAAGGAUGAGUUGGAAUUGAGACACGAGUUUUCGAAUCAUAGUGGGAUCAUUGAAGAGGAAAUCCCAGUCAUAGGAAUGUGUUUUGAUUCGUUGCCUCUGGCACGGAAAUUUUAUGCAAAUUAUGCAAAGAAAGUUGGGUUCGUAACUAAAUUCAGGAACACGAAUUUUGACAAGACGUAUAAGGAAUCAAAGAUACACAUUAAUCAAUCUAUUCAUUACACGCGAGAAGGUUAUCGGGAGUAUCGGGUGAAGGCAGCAACUCAGGCAAACAUAAUUACAGCCACGAGAUGCAGAGCAAGGAUGUAUUUCAUGCUGGACAGAGAGAAGGAAAGUUGGAUUGUGUCUAGAUUAGAAUUAAGGCAUUCUCACCCCUCUUCGGCUAAGAAAGCGGUACACUAUCAUGAGUACAGGGAGUUGACGAUGCAUGCUAAGUGCGUCAUUACGGAUAACAACGAGGCUGGCAUAAGACCAAAUAACACGUAUCUAGCACUGACAAACGCGGUUGGUGGGUCUUCAAACCUGAGUUUUUCAGAAAAGAAUGUCAGAAAUUACAUCACAAGCAAACUCCGAUGUGCUGAUGACAAUGCGGACUUUAAGGAGAUGAUGAAUUAUUUUGUUCGAAUGAAAGAGAUCAAUCCCAACUUCUUUUAUGCAAUAGAUGUUGACGAUGCUAAUAAGCAUGGUCUACUGUUUGCAUUCUUUGUCGGUGUAAACCACAAUGGGAAGUCUACUAUUCUUGGUUGUGCUUUACUUGGGAGCGAGGAGAUCCCUAGUUUUGAGUGGGUGUUCAUGCAAUGGGUGAGAUGCGCCGGGACUGCGCCAAGGAGGAUCAUCACUGACCAGUACAAGGCCAUGGUCGGUGCUAUUAGGAAGACCUUUAUGCCAAUCGACGAAAAUGGGGUCCAAUAUUCUUCAAGAGUGAAUUUUGGGCCGAGUGGUUUGGUCCAAUUCGUCUAUGAAUAUGACAAUGUGCUUGGAAACAAGGAGCAGAAGGAGCUGGAAGAUGAUGCUGCGGACUCGAAAGGAGUCAUCCCAUGUAUAGGGAGCACAGGCAUUGGGAGACAAUUUCAGCGGAAAUACACCAGUAAUAUGUUCAGGGAUGUUCAGCUGGAGGUAAGGAAAAAAAUCGAUUGCGUGGUUCGGUCAACUAAACAACAGGGUAAUUCAAUUUCUAUUAAAGUGGAUGAGCAGAAGAUAGUUUGGGAGAAGACUGUUUACCGUACUUUCACAGUAGAUUUUGACCCAUUGAGUCAAGAGGUUUAG